AUGUCUGGAAGAGGCAAAGGCGGAAAGGGAUUCGGAAAAGGAGGCGCGAAGCGUCAUCGCAAAGUUUUGCGUGAUAACAUCCAGGGCAUCACCAAGCCCGCCAUCCGUCGGCUUGCUCGUCGUGGCGGAGUGAAACGUAUCUCCGGUCUGAUCUACGAGGAGACUCGCGGUGUGUUGAAGGUGUUUCUGGAGAAUGUUAUCCGUGACGCCGUCACCUACACGGAGCACGCCAAGAGAAAGACCGUCACCGCCAUGGACGUCGUGUACGCGCUGAAACGACAGGGACGCACUCUGUACGGCUUCGGAGGUUAA